UUUUAAAAACUUCUGUGCUCCUGAAACCUUAAAAAUGCAAUUAACUGGCCCACUCCACUAUCAGAUGCAACACAAAUGACCAUAAACGCAUGUUGCAAACAUUGGGAGAUCAGUUUGUAAAGUCCUGCUUUCAUGUUUCAUGGUCUCACUCGUUUCCUGCAGCCCAUUUCUGUCGUCCAUUGAAGGGAAAUUGCUGGGCCAUCCCCCCCCCCGGACGCGCGCCUGUGCUGUGGAGCUCCCCCUCGCUGCGUGCAUCGUGAUCGUGUGGAUGCAGAGUCUCGCGGAGAACGCAGGGUCACCUUCUGUCACUGCGAGGGGGAAAUACUGAACACUUUGCAGCAGAGACAGUUGGGUAUUGGUGCACCUCAGCAGCAGCGGCAGCAGCAGCAGAAUCUCAGGUGAUCUCCUGCAGGGGACCAACAGCUUCUCUCUAAGGUUUAUGGAAACCUGACCUCCCAUUGGUGGAGAAGUGCAUGAGGAACCCAGCUCUGCUGCAGAGGACAGGUUUAGUCAUUAGAGUGCUUUGCCACAUCCAGGAAAAUGUCUGGCUCCUACGAUGAAUGUGUUGGUGCUGACGACACCAUGGACAGCUUCUGGGAGGUGGGGAACUACAAACGUGCUGUCAAGAGAUUUGACGAUGGCCAUCGGCUCUGCAAUGACCUCAUGGGCUGUCUGCAGGAACGUGCUAAGAUAGAAAAGGCGUACGGUGAUCAGCUAACUGCCUGGUCCAAGAGAUGGAGGCAGCUCAUUGAGAAAGGUCCACAGUACGGCUCUGUGGAGAGAGCCUGGCUGGCUGUGAUGACCGAGGCUGAUAAAGUGAGCGAGCUGCACCAAGAUGUGAAGAACAACCUGACGAAUGAAGACGUGGAGAAAGUGAAGAACUGGCAGAAAGAGGCCUAUCACAAGCAGAUGAUUGGGGGCUUCAAAGAGGCCAAGGAGGCUGAGGAGGGGUUCAAGAAAGCUCAGAAACCCUGGGCCAAGAAACUCAAAGAGAUGGAGGCAGCUAAGAAAACAUACCACAUGGCCUGCAAGGAGGAGAAGCUGGCUGCCGCCCGAGAGGCCAACGGCAAGACCGAGGCUUCUGUCACACCAGACCAGCAGAAGAAGCUCCACGAGAAAGUGGACAAAUGUAAACAGGACAUGCAGAAGGCUAAAGAGAAGUAUGACAAGUCUCUGGAGGAGCUGAACAAGUGCACUCCAGCAUACAUGGAGAGCAUGGAGCAGGUGUUUGAUCAGUGCCAGCAGCACGAAGUCAAGAGGCUGACCUUCCUCAAGGAGGCCCUGCUGGACAUCAAACGCCAUCUUAACCUCACCGAGAACCAAAGCUAUUCUACAAUAUACAGAGAGCUAGAGCGCACGAUCCUGGCUGCAAACACACAAGAGGACCUAAAGUGGUUCAGCAACAACCACGGCCCUGGGAUGCACAUGAACUGGCCUGCAUUUGAGGAAUACAACCCAGACCAGGCCAGUGCUCCUCCAAAGAAGAAGAAACCAGACGGAGCCCCACCCACUCCCAGUACAGACCAUGUGGCUCCACCUGGUGACCGCAGCAGUGUUAGCAGCUAUGAUAAAAACCAAGCCUAUUCGACUGAGUGGUCCGAUGACGAGCAGCCCGCUGCAUACUCUGGCAACGAAAACGGUGGAAACGGAGGAAACGGAGGAAACGGAAAUUCUUUUGAAGAUGAUUCGAGCACUGGCAAAGGGGUCCGUGUGCGCGCUCUCUAUGAUUACGAAGGUCAGGAACAGGAUGAGCUCACCUUCAAAGCAGGUGACGAGCUGACCAAGACUGAGGAUGAAGACGAGCAAGGCUGGUGUAGAGGUCGUUUGGACACGGGCCGAGAGGGACUGUACCCAGCCAAUUAUGUCGAGCCGAUCUAGUCACAUUACUGGACAAGGACACGCCAUUGGAGGCAGCUUGAACUGUCCCGUCCAAUCGCACCGCACAUAGCCAGAGACUUAAGAGCAACACAUCCCUUGCCCAACAGAUGCGCCAAGCAGUCUUGCCUAAAUAAAAACUUAGUAACCUAAAAGACAAUA